AAGCCCCUCAACAGCAAGGACCUGCAAAAGGUGGACCACAACAGCAAGCCCCCCAACAGCAAGCCCCUGCUAAGGGUGGACCACAACAGCAAGCCCCCCAACUACAAGUCCAUGCUAGGGGUGGAUCACAACCGCAAGCACCUGCUAAAGGUGGACCGCAACAACAAGGGUCACCUAAGGUUGGCGCUCAGCCACAAGGGUCCCCCAAGGGUGGACCACAACAGCAAGGAUCUGCUAAAGAUGGACCCCAACAGCAAGGUUCACCUAAAGUUGGAGCUCUGCCACAAACUCCUAAGGGACCACAACAGCAAGGACCUGCUAAGGGUGGACCCCAACAUCAAGGGUCCCCUAAGGUUGGAGCUCAGCCACAAGGGUUGCCUAAGGUUGUAGCUCAGCCACAAGGGUCCCCUAAGAUUGGCACUCAGCAGAAGGGGUCCCCCAGGACUACACCACAGCAGCAGGCCGCUGGUAAAGCUUUGCCUCAGUCUAAAGCUGGACCUAUGGCUGGAGCUAAACCCCUGUGCCCAGUGUGUAACACUACUGGACUCAACCUACACUCCAAGGAGCCACCCAACCAUAACACCUGCACACAGUGUAAGACUGUCGUCUGCAGCUUGUGUGGCUUCAGUCCUCCUGACUCUGGCGUAAGUAGAGCUUAAUUCCAGAAUAUACAGUAUUUAAUAAUUUGUUAUUAAUUUAUCAGUAUUAAACAGUAGGAAAUGUUAUUGUCUUUUUGACCUAAGAUCUCAUUGUAGCAUUUGUAUGAAUCACAUUCUGUGUCAAAUUCGUUUUGUAUUUUUUUGUACAGUGGAGAAUUGAGCGUGCUUGAGCCUGGCCAGUGUGGUUUGAUAAGUCAGAGUAUUGACUCUAGUUACCACUUAGCAGGCUGCUUAAACAGAGUAAUUUGAUUUAGUGGCAGGUCAUUCAGCAUGAGGCAUUGCUGACUGUAUAUUAGGGUAGUGUUGUACUGUAAAGGCAGUAGCAGUAGAUAAAUAAUAAUAAUAAAUAAUAUGCCAUUUAGCAGACGCUUUUAUCCAAAGCGACUUACAGUCAUGCGUGCAUACAUUUUUUGUGUAUGGGUGGUCCUGGGGAUCGAACCCACUACCUUGGCGUUACAAGCGCCGUGCUCUACCAGCUGAGCUACAGAGGACCACUGUUAGUCUAAUAUUCUACCAUAAAGACACAAUGUUAGUCUAAUAUUCACAUAUUUCUUUCAACGGUAAGUCAUAACCUUAAUUAUUUAGUAUGUAGUAUGCAUCUAGUAUGGAUUAAGGAUUAAGAAGAAAAAAAACAUAGAUCAUGAGAAAAACAUAGAUCAUAUUGAUUGCAUUGACAGUUUUUUUUUGUUAAUCUGUGAGAAAACAUUUUUUUUUAAUAUGAUGCUAAAACUGUGAUUUCUAUUGCAGGGUAAGGAGUGGCUGUGUCUGACCUGUCAGAUGCAAAGAGCACUCGGAGGCUCUGACCCACCUGGAACCCCCAAGAUGAAACUCCAGCCUUCACCCAACAAAGCCUCUAUAUCUCCUGCACCACAGAAGAAAGACACCUCUACACCAGGCUCCCCCCAGAGAAAACCUGCUACAUCAGCAACACAGCCACUCAAGGCAGAGGCUGCUAGAGCAGCAGACCCUCACAAACCGGCCAGCCCAGCGCCUGCUCAGAAGGCACCACAGGAGAACCGGAGAACAUCAGGGCCUCAGAAACCACCAGAGCAGCCAGGCCAACCUGGUCAUGAGCAGAGUAAUGCCACCCCGUCCACACAGCAGGUGGCUGGGAAGCCUCAGCAACAACCUCCAAAAGGUGGGACAUCUCCUGCCAAAGCUGUGCCACCACUACAGUCCCAGCCCCCCAAGCAGGAGUCAGGGGGCUUCUUUGGUGGCUUUGGUGGUCCUAAAUCUCAGUCUACCUCAAAGCCUGAAGAUUCAGUGUCUGGGAAGAUGUUUGGCUUUGGCUCCUCCAUCUUCAGCUCUGCAUCCACUUUGAUCACCUCAGCUGUUCAGGAUGAGCCCCAUGUCACACCACCAGCUUCCCCCAAGGUGUCUGCAGCAGCCCAGGCCUCUCCCAACAUGCCCCCUGUAAAGGAGACCAAACCACCUGCUGCUCAGAAAGCAGAGGAGAAAAAAGCAGAGCAACCCCAGCAGGCUGCAGUCCCCCCAUCAGUACAGGCCAAAGUGGACAAACCCCUAUCAGAGCCUCCAAAGGGAGCAGCAUCUUCCCAACCAGCUCCCAAAGCAGGCCAGUCCACCUGUCCGCUUUGCAAGGUGGACCUCAACAUGGACUCCAAGGACCUUCCCAACUACAACACCUGCACCGAAUGCAAGAACACUGUCUGCAACCUCUGUGGAUUUAACCCCAUGACAAAUGUUACU